UCACCCAGGGAGGCUUCUUCACCCUGGAGCAAUAUUUAGUUCUUCUCUUCUAAUGGCCACCUCCUCCCCCUCACUGUUUGUGUGGGAAGCUUUUUUCUUUCCCCAAAUUGUAAAUUGAAGUCCUCCUCCAGACCUUGGGGAUAAGCUGCUUCUGACACUGUUUCCCAGUGUGGAAAAAAAAAAAUGGCUUUUCUUGCAGGCAGUUGAUUCAGAGCUGCAAAAUACACCAAAAGAAUGGUGCCAGCCAACCUGCGCCCUGCUGAGGACCUCCAACUGACCGCGCGGUACGUGGGAACCUGCUGGGAUGUAUUUCAGGAGCUCUGGAAAGAAUGUGCCCUACUUUGGAUAUUUCUGCAUUGAAUGUCUAAGGAGCUCCAGCUAAUCCUGAGCCAUGUCGCAGAUGUUGCACAUAGAAAUUCCCAACUUCGGGAACACUGUCUUGGGCUGCCUGAAUGAGCAGAGGCUUCUGGGGCUCUACUGUGAUGUCUCCAUAGUGGUCAAAGGCCAAGCCUUUAAGGCGCACCGUGCAGUCCUGGCAGCCAGCAGCCUGUACUUCAGAGACUUGUUUAGCGGGAACAGCAAAAAUGCGUUUGAGCUCCCAGGUACCGUGCCACCAGCCUGCUUCCAGCAAAUCCUCUCCUUUUGUUACACUGGGAAGCUCACCAUGGCUGCCAGCGAACAGCUUGUCGUGAUGUACACGGCAGGCUUCCUACAGAUCCAACACAUCGUGGAAAAAGGGACAGAUUUAAUGUUCAAAGUGAGCUCUCCCCACUGUGACUCUCAGACCACCAUGAUAGAAGACCCCAGUUCGGAGCCGCAGAGCCCGUGUAACCAAUUGCAGUCUGCUUCUGCGCCCUACGUCAUGUCCCCCUCCAUGCCCAUUCCGCUCCUCACGCGGGUGAAACACGAAAAUCUCGAGCUGCAGCCCUCCGCUGUGUCAGGCCUCCCCACCAAGCGAUCCUUGGAGGCCGGUACCCGGGACGGUACAGGAGGGAGUAUCUCGAACACUGGGCCCCUCAAGUUAUCUCGUGUCUCCUACUAUGGAAUGCCCAAUUUAGCGACUCUCAUCCCCAACGUGCAGCAAGUGCAGUACUCCCAGGGGGAGCGGACGAGCCCCGGUGCCAGCAGCAUUCCCACUACAGACAGUCCGACUUCCUACCACAACGAGGAAGAGGAUGAAGACGACGAGGCAUAUGACACCAUGGUGGAAGAGCAGUAUGGGCAGAUGUACAUCAAAUCCUCGGGAGGAUAUUCUGUAGCUCAAGAAAAGCCAGAGCAGAUUCCACUAGAGAAUCGUUCCUGUGUGCUCAUUCGACGCGACUUAGUUGCUCUCCCAGCCAGUCUGAUCAGUCAGAUCGGAUAUCGGUGCCACCCCAAACUCUACUCGGAGGGAGAUCCGGGAGAAAAACUCGAACUUGUUGCAGGGUCAGGUGUUUAUAUCACCCGAGGGCAGCUGAUGAACUGUCAUCUGUGUGCAGGUGUCAAACAUAAGGUUCUGCUGAGGCGUCUCCUAGCCACUUUCUUUGAUCGGAACACGCUUGCCAAUAGCUGCGGCACUGGAAUCCGGUCCUCCACGAGUGAUCCCAGCAGGAAGCCCCUGGACAGCAGGGUUCUUAAUGCAGUGAAAUUGUAUUGCCAGAAUUUUGCCCCAAGCUUUAAGGAAAGUGAGAUGAAUGUUAUUGCCGCGGAUAUGUGUACCAACGCCCGACGAGUGCGCAAGCGCUGGCUUCCGAAGAUUAAAUCCAUGUUGCCCGAGGGGAUGGAGAUGUACCGCACGGUCAUGGGCUCCACGACAAACAGCGUUCCCUUGGAUCCAGAGUUCCAGUCUCCCACGGCUCAAGUCUUUGAGCAGCGAAUCUAUGCAGAGAGGAGGAGCGAUUCAGGAACGAUAGUAGCUUUGAGAACUAACACAGUCAAUGUAGAUCUAAGCAAUGGAUCCAACCAGUCAUUUGAACAGAGUGAGGAUGCGGAAGGAGCUGGCUCCGUCAUACAGGAGGCAGCUGGCACAGAGGCCAUGGCAUCAGAAACCCAAAGCACUCCACAACCUUUCGAACAAGGUUCUGGUUCCACUAGCCGGCCAGAAACUCCCGUGAGAAGACAAGAUGGUACUUACGGAGGGACUUUAUAAAAAGAGAGAAAACGUUUUGUGACCUAUAAGGGAUCUGUAAUACUAAAGCUGCUUGCAUGCAUUACUAAUACAAAAAAAUGUGAUCAAGCCACUUACCUACUGAACUGCUACUGUUGCCUGAAAAAAAUGUGAUUUUUAUUCUGCUUGUAUUUAAAAUUGAUGAAGGAAAUAAUCGCAUUCGUUAUACUGUAAAUGACUAGGUCUAUGGUGACCUACUUAAAACUAUUGGGCUCCUUUUUUUGAUAUUCCUGAGGUUAGUCUAUAAGACUGUAGCUUUUUUUUUUUUUUUUUUUUUUUUUUUAAAGAAGGGGAGGAAAAAAGCUAGACAUCCCCCCCCGCCCCCCGCCACCACCAUAUCAUCACCCCAUGCAUUAUUCAACUCAGAAGUAAAGCCAUCAUUAACUUCUUCCUCUAAAGAAAGUUUUACCGUCACUUAACAGGAAAGCAGGAUACGUUAGGGUAGACGUAGUCUGACCGGAGUCAUUUUUAUUUGCGAGAAUGGCUCUGGCAAGGUGGGGUGGGGGCGGGUAUUGCUAAACACUUCAACGAUCAGAGAACAGAUCCUUAACAUUAGUGUUGCUAAGCAUGAUGCUGUAACUAAGGUCUAAGGGCUCUUCCGUGUCUGUCCACUGAUUUUCUUUAUUUUUUUUUCAGUUACAGGACGGAGUGGCCGCAUCUUUUAUUUGAUAUGUGAUAUAUGCAGGGAGGAGUGCAUGGUCAUUGCAGAUGAGACCCUGAGCUUACCUUUUCCCUGCAGCGUGUGACUGUUGGGUUUGGGGGGGGGGCUUCUCCCGGAGCCACUCCUUUUCAUUUCCCCUCAUUCUCCUGCUAGCACAAGCUGUAGCUUGAUACUACCAGCUUCUUAACUGAACCAUUUCCUAUGACCUUAUUUCUGAUUGCCACCUCCUUUACCUUGUGGCAGUGACGAGAGCAAACAGUCAACCUCUUUCGUAGGCUAAUAGACUUUAAUCGUUGACUCAAUCCAGUCGUUGAGUCAGAUUGUAACCGUUUCAGAGAGAAACUUAAAUGCACCAUUGGGAGAACAUAUUUAUAUAUAAUGUUGGUUUGUUUGGUUUUUUUCCUUAAAAAGCUGAAAGGUGAAGGUUGUAGGGGGUGGAAUGAUCGUUGGAAGCAAAACUGUAACGGGCAGAUGGAGCAAGCCUCAUUGCGAAUUCUGCUGUACCUGACAGUAAUGGUUUGAAUGAACAUGGCUUCCAGUGAUGUACUUGUUAAAUGCCUUGGAUUGAGGGAGCAAUAGGAUUUAACUUCUAGGCAAGUACUCAAUGGAUGGGGCAUCCAUCACAUCCUCCCUCCGAUUGAGGUGCUCGUAAGACCAGAAGAAGAUAAUGAUUCCACCCCCCCUUACACACACGCACACGCGUGGGCUACUGUAACUUAAUUUUUUUAAUUUAACAUCCUGAUUAAGGCACAGGUUUGAGGAGCCCUGCAGGAGUGAAAAAUCUGUACUCACUUCCAGGAAACUCAGUGUUGACUUGGGGUGCACAGAGGUGCACAGUACAGCGCAGCUGCCAGUUUGCAGGGAGCAAAGUCGUUCUCCUGUACAACCGACAACAGCCACCAAGCACUGUCCCUCUUAAAGAUCAGCAAGUUUUGUGCCAAUCAGACGAGAUCUGUUGGGAAUAGUAACUCUCCUUUCAGCUGUGGAAGCCUGUUAAGGCAUCUGGCUAAAUCAGACCGGCCUAGGCUGAAACACCUCAAUAUCUCUGUAGUCUAGACCAGAGUCUCCUAUAGUCUGCUCUUAAUUUUUAACAAUUGAAAGUGUAAUAGAAAAGAAAAACACCAGGUUUAUAUUUAUCGCUUUUUGGCUUUCUCCUUCUUCCAUGAAGUACUUUGCCUUCCAACAUGCAUUUAUGGAAAAGGGAAGGGUGAAAUAUUUGUUCUUUCGACGCCCUUCACGGUGCAUUUGGUGACACUUUGCCUUCUCGGUCCCGUGCCUAUCGAGACACCGAGGCACGCGUUAUUAUUAUGCAAUAACACACACUGUGUCGUGUCCGACUGUUAGAGCCAUGCGUUCAGUGAAGGGGCGGCUGGUACGUGUGCAGGUAGAUGUGCAAGUCGUAGCGAAAGUUUGUCCAGCUGAGCGGGACGUGUGCGCUCACACUCUCUGCGUGUCGACUUCUCGUGAGGGCUUUCAUUUUGGAAACCUUAGUUCAGGAAUUCCCCAAAGUGACAGUAAACCUUUCCCAACGGUAGCAAUGCUACCCCAGGACUUCCGGGGACGUAUCGGGUACAAAGCAUGGCACGCUGCUCACAGGUCACGCUUCUCCAUUAUCGUGCUUCUUCCUUAAGUCCCAUUAUUCAGUUUGUACUACUUGCAGAGGUGUGAGAGGUUUGCAGGGUUUUGCUGGUGGGAGUCAGGGGCUCCGCGCGUGCUGUGAGCCAACAUGAAGACAGUGGUGUAUGGGGGGGAAAAAAGGGAAAUACCAGGUGCUCGUUGGUAUGAAGCAGAUGCUUGGUAGUGUCGAGCUUGGAAUGCCUUUAAGUUUUGGGGAAAGUGAUGUGAAAGCCAAAUACGGCUGGUUUUGGUUUGGUUUGUUUGUUUUACUGUGACUAAAAUGCCUGUUUUAAAUUAUCACUUACAGUUUUCUUAUGAAGAUGAAGUUUUGAAACUAUGAACAAGUGCAAAGUGCACGGUUAGUCACUCGCUAGUGAUACUGGUGACUAUUUAUUUUGGGGUAGGGGUUUUUUUGUUCUUUGUUUUUUUUGGUUACUGUGUUCACGGACAGUGCUUUGCUCAGGGUUUUGCUCCCCUCUUGGUCUUCAAGGAGUGUAAGGGUGACCCAGCCUUCGGCCAUUUGUUGAGGGUUUUUCGUUGUUGUGGUUGUGGUAGACUUGAAGCUGUGAUUGCAUCUAAAUAGCAAAGCUCUCCAACACUGAGUGUGUUCCAGCCUCCUUCUCUAUUUGCUGUGAGUAAAAUACACUGCUUGGGUUGUUUCUGCCUUCCGUCUUGCACAGCUCUGAGCUCUGUAUGGAUUGAACCUGGCCAGACGGCAGAGUUGGGUAGUCUGUCCUCCCCGCUCACCUGGAUCGAUGCCCUUUACACCUAUGCAAAGUUGUGGGGCCGGGGGGGGCAGGGUGGGUGAAGAGCUGCAGCCACAGGGCCGACGAUAUUCUUCACGUGCGUUUGAGUUUUGAAGCAAUGGGCCGUAUUUGCACUUUGCCCAUUUCUUGCAAAUGAAACUUUUCUCUCGCUGUUUGCAGCGUCCAUUCUUGACUACGCCGAGUGCCCAGAGCUUGCCCCAUGUUCUGUUUGCGUGGCUUGUCCGCGUGGCUGGCAGAAUACCAUGGGGCAUAUGCACUUUCUGAGCUGCAUAGUAGACAGGUACUUGGGUACCACGUGCCAGGAUAUGGCCCUAAGAGCAUAUCUUACUAAAGGAACUAUAGGGGACCGUAGAGCUAGGCAUGCAUUGGGCUGCCUUUUCCUUUUCUUUUUGUUCCAGAGAGUUUGCGUGGUCCAGUUCUUUAGCCAUAUGAGCAUAACACCCAGGUAAAUGUCUCCAUGGAAAGUACAUCUCGGUUAGGCAGACCAAACCCUCUGGUGAGCGAGGGCUCACUGGGGCAGCGCCGUUCCUGAGGAACAGCUGCAUUUGCCGCACAUCCUCCGGCAACGUGGCUAAGUCCAAGAUGGAACGAGCUGGGAUGUGGGGGAGACAAGACCUCAGUCUCUGCCUUAUUAGACCUGCCCUUGGAGAAUUCAAUCUUUGGGGUCCGAAUGGCAUUGGGAACGCUGAGACCACCUCUCUCGCUCUUUGAUUUUAUAUUAAUACAAAGCAAAAGAGAAUGCUGCCUCCUUUUUUGUGGCAUUUCUUUGUGUUUGGUAAGUUUACUGAACCCUCAAAUUGAGACUCGCUGUUGGCUAAAGCUGCUCUGGACCAAUCCUACCUAGAAAACAAAUGCACCGAAUGCCUGAACGGGGAGACCCUAGACUGAAUUAGCAGCAGAAGUACUUGAAUGAUUUAGAAUGGCUUAGAACAGAGAAUAUGAAGAGAGUCAAGUUGCACAGUGAAAAUAUAUAUAUUUUUAUACCUAGCACAACUUCCUGUAUAUUUUUGGUUGAUUUUUUUUUUUCUUUUGGGGUUCUACUUUGGUUUCAUUUUCUGUUUUGGUUUAGGAAGGAAAACUUUUAAAAUGUGAAGGGCGUAGGGUUUUUUUCCUUAUCUGGUAGAUGAGGGCAAGCAUUUUGCACUAAUGUUUCCUGUGUGUGGAGGAUUAAUGAUACGUUUGAAAAUGUAUAUGGAUAAUGAUUGUAUUCUUCAGAGAAAAAAAAAAAGUAAUCCCUUUAAAAUACUGAAUGUAAAGUGAAAACAGAGCAGUCCAUUGAUUGUACGGGGCUUUCCUGAGUGCCUUAGAAUUUUUUGAUCAUUUUUUCCAAGGAAACUAGAUUAAGGAGAUCAGACCAUAACCAACUCCUCCCUCCUCUUUGUUUACGACACUAUUUUAAAUUAUAGAACUUGGGGCUGCUUUAUAAUGUGAAUAGCAAACUGCAUUCAUCUGGUAGUAUAAAAUCAAAGCAUCAGUAUUUAUGGUAUGUCUGCACCUUUAUUCUUAUGCUUGACUAUUAGCAAUAUUACAUGUAUAUUGUAUAUCUAAAAUUAUAUCAAGCACCUUUAAAAAAAAAAACUGAAUGGAGUUUAAGCUUACAAGUUACAUGCAGUUGCCAUAUAGUGUAGAACCCAAACCCUCUCCUCCUCCUUGUUAGCUUGAAAUUAAGAGCAAUGUCCUGAUUACGGUCGCCUGGUAGAAGGGUAGCAUGACCUUCUGCUGAAUCUCUGUCCACCCUGUGUUAAUAAUGAACAAUUCCACGCGUGGCUAAGGUUUGCGGAAAGCAUCUGAACGCUGCGCGCUCGGGUUUGGCUGGCAGCGGGCAUCUUCUGACCAAGGGGGCGAAUCGUGCCCGUGUUAUGGGAAGAUGCUGCAGUCUUUCUGGGCCCGAUUCCUUCCUUCCUUCACAUCCACCUGCUAGUCACUGCAUAGGAAGUCAGUGGCGUGACCGUGAUGUAAGCCUGGUGGGAGUAAGAAGGAAGAGGAGAAGCCUCACGAAAAAAAACCACUCUCUCUUUUUUUGGGAAUCUAAAGACGCGUCCAUUGUGCCACCGGCUUUGCUUUAAUAUUGCCUUAGCUGAUGUAACCUCUCCGCAGCCUCUCCGUAAGGGGCUACAGUUCCCUUUGGCUCAGCCCCGUGCUGUCAGGUAGGCCUGCAUGUGUUAUUUCCCUCUUGAUCAUCCUCGUGCAUGCCGCAACACUUUACUAGGGAGAGAGAAACAAAAGGGUAAACUUAACUUGCCACAACCUUUUUUUUCUUUUCUUUUUUUCCUUUUCUUUUAUUAGCAGCACAAAACUGGAAUUGUUCCCUAUUUAACACAUGUUUAAAGGACCAUAGCAUUCUAGACAUGGUAUUCGGCAAAGGACUGAUGCAUUUCCUCAGUCAUUUUAUUGCUAAGGUUUUGUUCAGAUUGCUUAUUUUUAUGGAAAUAACUUGCUGCAAGUGGAGAAGGGUGUAUGGCCCAUUAAACAACUGAAAACUAAGAGACAACCCCUGUUUGCCUCUGCCGGCAGUAAAUUCUAAACACAAAAUUGAGAGUUCAUAGCUGUCUUGGGCUUCAACUACUGUUUCAAAGUGUUCCUGCUGUAUGAAUUUGUCAUUAUGUCAGCGAGCAAGCUCCAAACGUGCAUAUUACCAUGCCCAAGAUAUUCAGGGCUUGCUAUGAGAUGGUUCUAAAAAUGAAGGUUUAAGGGGAAAAAAAACCCAAAACAACCCAGUAAAAAACUAAAUAAAUAAAAAAUAUGCCGAAGUCUAAAGCACUCAAAUUGGAAAACCUUCAAGUGUUCCGACCAGUUUCUUCCAUUGUAAGCGUUUUGCACACAAGUGUGAUUUUUAUGUCAAAAUAAAAGCCAAAACUUGCAAUACUAUUUUUAGCAGACAAAAAAAAAAUAAAAAAAACCUAAGUAUAAAUGUAUAAAUAUUUUUGACUUGAACAUUUGGAUGGCACUUGAUUCAAAUAGAACAUUAAUCCUUUGGACAGAAUGUUUGGGGAAAAAAAGACUUAAAGUACAAGGUUGUUUUUAAAGAGUCUGUAUAGGGUAUUAAGUAGUACUGUAAUUCAUGACUGUUAAAAAAAAUACUUUCUGUGCGAUAAGAAAAAUUUCACAGUACCACUGAAUUAUGUUUCUCAACUGUCUCAGCCACGAACGACGCUAGCUUUUUUUUUUUAUAUAUAUAGUGCAUUAUUCACUAGUAUUUAUGUGCUGUUACUCUGUAUAGUUAAGACUGUUAUUUUGUAGCCAUGGCUGACACCAAUAUAUCAGUAACUAAAAAAAAAAAAAAAAAAAAAGACAAA